CCUGAGGGGACAGACGGACAGACAGCCAGAGGCUUUCAUAUCUGUGGCUCUGCAGGAAAGGCCUGCUCAGCUACAUGUAAACAGAGACAAAGCAGAGACACAAAAGAAGAAGGGGGAAACAAAAACAAAGUGAAACUGCAACAAAUCUGGAUCCAGACAUGAUGAUGGUGAUGAGACUAAUAAUGCUGGUGGCGGUGAUGAUAAAGAUGCCAGCCGCCUCUGCGCCUGGUUCUGAAGUGGACAAUAAAUCUGGACCUAAGGCCAGUUUGGUCAAACAAACCCAGGACUCGUGCUACAAGGUGCCGUUUGGGGCCACAGAGAUUCCAUCCAACAUCCCCAGCAGAAUCCAGUGUCUGGAAGUGAAUCAGACGAAGAUCAGAGUGAUUCCUCAGCGUGCCCUCAGCAGCCUGCAGCACCUCUGGAAUCUAACCAUAUUAGAGAACGACGUGUUGCAGAAGAUCGCUGCGUUCGCCUUUACCAGCCUCCCUCGGCUCACCUAUGUAACCAUAUUAGAGAACGACAUGUUGCAGAACAUCAGUGCGUUCACCUUUACCAGCCUCCCUCGGCUCACUUAUGUAUCAAUAUCUGGAAAUGUUGCUUUGAAGCGUAUCGAAGCUUUUGCUUUCUCAGAUCUUCCUGAACUCACUAAGAUAAUCAUAACAAAGUCAAAACACCUGAGUUUCAUCCACCCAGAUGCUUUCAGGAACAUUGCAAAACUGCAGUUUUUGACCAUCUCCAGCACUGGGCUGAGAAUCUUUCCGGACUUCUCCAAGAUCCACUCCACAGCUAAUGGAUUUCUACUCGACCUGGAGGAGAACAGCCACAUUGAGAAAGUCCCUGCCAAUGCCUUCAGAGGCCUCUGCACUCAAGCCUUCAUGGAGAUACGGCUCACCAGAAAUGGCAUCAAGGAGGUGGCAAGUGACGCCUUCAACGGAACAAAGAUGAAAAAAUUGUCCCUAAAAGGCAACCAACAGCUGACUCACAUCAAUCCCAACGCCUUUGUGGGUUCCAGUGAGCUGGUGACGCUGGACAUCUCUCAAACAGCCCUCAGCUCUCUGCCAGACUCCAUCCUCGGCGGACUCACGAGGCUGUUUGCAGAAUCUGCCUUCCACCUGAAAGAGCUUCCUCCUCUGCACCUCUUCACCAAGCUGCGCUUUGCCAAUCUGACGUACUCGUCGCACUGCUGCGCCUUCCAAAACAUGCACAGAAACAGAUCCAGGUGGCACUCAUGGUGCGUAGACCCCAGUGCGAAGAAUUAUCCUCGCUUCUACAGGGACUGCUGCUCCAACUCCACCUCCAUCACCUGCACCCCGGCGCCGGACGACUUUAACCCCUGUGAGGACAUCAUGUCGGGCGUCCUCUUACGGGUCCUCAUCUGGAUCAUCUCCAUCCUGGCGCUGCUGGGGAACGCUGUGGUUCUCCUUGUACUGUUAGGCACCCGCUCCAAGCUGACCGUUCCUCGUUUCCUCAUGUGCCACUUGGCCUUUGCCGACCUCUGCAUGGGCAUCUACCUGGUCGUCAUAGCAACCGUGGACAUGCUCACCCGUGGCCGGUACUACAACCACGCCAUCGACUGGCAGAUGGGUUUGGGGUGCAACGCCGCGGGCUUCUUCACGGUGUUUGCCAGCGAGCUGUCAGUGUUCACUUUGACGGCGAUCACUGUGGAGCGCUGGCACACCAUCACACACGCUCUGCGGCUCGACCAGAAGCUUCGCCUGAGACACGCCUGCAUCAUCAUGACAGCAGGUUGGAUCUUCUCCUCGCUGGCUGCAAUGCUGCCCACAGUUGGGGUCAGCAGCUACGGCAAAGUGAGUAUCUGCCUCCCCAUGGACGUGGAGACUCCGGUGUCGCAGGUCUAUGUUGUAUCCCUGCUCCUCCUCAACAUCCUGGCCUUCUUCUGCGUGUGCGGCUGCUACCUGAGCAUCUACCUGACAUUCCGCAAGCCUUCGUCGGCACCAGCCCACGCCGACACCCGCGUGGCUCAACGCAUGGCCAUCCUCAUCUUCACCGACUUCAUCUGCAUGGCUCCCAUCUCCUUCUUCGCCGUCUCGGCCGCCCUCAAGCUCCCUCUCAUCACCGUGUCCGACUCCAAACUCCUUCUGGUCCUGUUCUACCCCAUCAACUCGUGCUCGAACCCCUUCCUGUAUGCCUUCUUCACCCGCACCUUCAGACAGGACUUCUUCCUCCUCGCCGCUCGCUUCGGCCUGUUUAAGACUCAGGCACAGAUUUACCGGACAGAGAGUUCCUCCUGUCAGCAGCCAGCAUGGACCUCUCCAAAGAGCAGCCGGAUAAUGACGUGCUCCCUGGCCAACACACUGAGUCUAGAUGGGAAACAGGAGAGCUGACUGUCAUCCAAAUAUUCACAGGUAUAGAGUUUUUGCUGGAUUGUUAACAGAAGGUUCCUAUUUUUCCUCCCACAGAUGUCCUUCCCUCAGGCAACAAAAGUAAAAUUCUUCUUAGGGAUGAAGGACAUACGGCGGUUUGUAAUACAUGAACACCUCAAGGUUAGAACUUGGUUCUAACAUUGUUUCAGAUGUGCACUUGAUGUCAUGGUUGCAUAUUUUAGUGGUGUACAGAGAGCCUGCUAAAACCAAAAUGAUGCCCCAACUCAUUAUUCUCAUGAUUUAGAUGACACUGCUGUUUUUUUCCAGUAUGUUGGAGUCUCUGGCAAGUAUAAAGCAUUCAAUCCCUUUGGAAGUUUUUACCUAGAAUUGCUUUUUAACACUGAAUCAAGACAAUAAUUCACAGGAAACAGGCUUCCACAAACUAAUUUCAUUUCAUUCAUUCAUUCAUUCAAUUAAUUAAAAACAUAAAAUAUAAAAUAAGGGGUGGCAAAAGUAAUCAUCCCUUUCAAGUCAGUAUUUAGCAGAUGCCCCUUUUGACACAAUUAAAGCAUUGAUACUGUAUGAAUAGAUCUCUGUUAGCCUUGUACAUCUGGACACUGCAACUUUACCUCAUCCAUCUUUGCAAAGCUGCCCAGCAAUCAUGAGAGAAAAGCCCAUUUCAAAUCCAGGUACAAAUUCUCAGUUUGAUUCAGUUCUGGGCUCCGACUCAGCCACUCCAGAACAUUUACUUUCUUUUAACCCUCGUGUCGUCCUGCGGGUCAGACUGACCCGUUUUAAACUUUGAAAAUGUGGAAAAAAUAUAUUUUCACAGUGAAAUUUCUGAUGUCCACAUUUUCAACAUUUCUGGGAAAUUUUUGAUAUUUUUUUGGUGGAAAAAAAAUGUUUAAAAAAUGUUUCUUAAGAACAUUCACAAAAAAAUUUUUGGUGAAUGUUCGUAAAGUUUUAUUGAUAUAUAGGUGUAAUCACUUUAGAUAUUUUUAGAAUUUUUUUGGAAGAUUUGUACUAAUUUUUUGAAAAUAUUUACAACAAUUUUCUUACAA